UAUGUAUUAUGACACAAGUCUAUGGAUUUUUGCUCCUCUCUAUCUAAAGGAAUUCAAUCAGCCAUAGAAGCGAAGAAAUGCUCUAUGUAUGUAUGAGUAAAACCGAACAGAAGAAAAAAAAACAGCCAGACAAGAAAGGAGUCAGAGGAGACGUGUUCUAACAUUUAAGUGACACUUGGUUCAUUAACCCCAAAUUUAUAUUGUUAUCCGAAUUAUUUAUCUUGCGACAAUGGGCUCUGAUUAUACGCACAGACGAUGGAGUAAUUUGCGAAAAGUAUUGGAGAGAUCUGGUCCAUUUUGCCGGCCGGAUUUUGAGCCGUCUUCCGAAAAUCUACAGAUGCUCCUAGAGCGCUGCAAAGUGCUCGUAGUAGGUGCUGGUGGUUUAGGAUGCGAGUUAUUAAAAAAUUUGGCUCUUAUGGGAUUUAGACAUAUCCAUGUGAUUGAUAUGGAUACUAUCGAAUUGUCUAACCUCAACAGACAAUUCUUAUUUCGUCAUAAAGAUAUUGGAUCUUACAAGGCGGAGGUAGCUGCGAAAUUUAUUAAUGCUAGAGUACCUGGUUGCAAUGUAAUUGCACAUAAUUGUGAGAUACAAGCUAAAGAUGCAGCAUUUUACCAACAGUUUCAUAUGAUAAUCUGUGGAUUAGACUCAAUUGUUGCAAGAAGAUGGCUUAAUGGUAUGCUAAUAUCUUUGCUUGUCUAUGAAAAUGGUACAUUGGAGCAAGGUAGUGUCAUACCAUUGAUAGAUGGUGGAACUGAAGGAUUUAAGGGAAACGCUAGAGUUAUAUUGCCUGGUAUGAAUCCAUGUAUUGAAUGUACCUUGGAUCUCUAUCCUCCACAGGUCACAUAUCCUUUAUGUACAAUAGCCAACACUCCACGUUUACCAGAGCAUUGUGUAGAAUAUGUAAAGGUAAUUCAAUGGCCAAAAGAGAAUCCAUUCGAUUGCGCGAUUGAUGGAGAUGAUCCCCAGCAUAUAAAUUGGAUUUAUGAAAAGUCAAACGAAAGAGCGACGCAGUUUGGCAUACAAGGUUUAACAUACAGACUUGUACAAGGUAUCAUUAAGAAUAUCAUACCAGCUGUGGCAUCGACCAAUGCCGUUAUCGCCGCUAUCUGUGCGACAGAAGCCUUUAAACUUGCAACCAGUUGUAGCGCAUCUUUAAAUAAUUAUAUGGUACUCAACAAUUUGGAUGGAGUUUAUACAUACACUUAUGAAGCAGAGAAAAAACAAAAUUGUCUGGCAUGUAGUCAGGUACCGCGAGAGCUCGAGAUCAAAGAUUCAAAAUACAAACUGCAAGAUUUGAUAGAACUUCUUUGCGAACGGCCAGAUUUGCAAAUGAAAAGUCCCGGUCUUACAGCGAUUAUAAACGGUAAAAAUAAAACUCUGUACAUACAAACAGUAUCCAGUAUCGAGCAAAAAACUCGCGAGAAUCUGUCGAAAACUCUGAUUGAGUUAGGUUUAAAAGAUGAUAGUGAAAUAAAUAUUGCUGAUAUUACAACUCCCAAUACGGUUACUCUAAAAUUAAAAUUUUCACACAAUGAUAGUAUAAGUCGACAGUAACUAUGCCGAAAAUUUCACUUUUAAAUAUCGCACCUCUCUUCUCACUAUAUGUAUUUAUUAUUUGAAUUAAUUUUAUAUUAAAGCAGACUAAAAAAGAUA